AUGUCUAUAUUUGGUUUAUACAAUCAGGUUGUUUUAUAGGAUUCUAUAAAAAAGAAUAGCUAAAUAAUGAAAUUGAUAAAAUAAAUAAAUGUAGCACAUAUAUGUCAUCUAUCUAUUAUACAUACGUAUAUAUACACUCACAGUCCAUUCAAUUAGUUAAUGUGUAUAGAAUUUCCUUGAGAAAAAGCAAUUGUUUUGGUAGUGAUGUAUUAUUCUAUAGCAUUAUGAUAUAUCAAUUUCUUGGUACAUCUCAAUCCUGAUCAUUACAGAAGUUGCUAUUCCAUGGUUUAAAAUGGUUUAUAGAACUUUUCAACAAGAAUAUCUUCAUAUACCUAUUGUUACUAGAAUAUAUACAACAGCGUGUAUUUUAACAACAUUAGCUGUACAAUUAGAUUUAAUAUCUCCAUUUCAACUUUACUUCAAUCCAAUCUUGAUUAUUUAUCAAUGUCAGUUUUGGCGCUUUGUAACUACUUUUUUGUUUUUUGGCACUAUUGGAUUUAAUUUUUUUUUCAAUAUAAUAUUCACAUAUAGAUAUUGUCGUAUGCUAGAAGAAGGAUCAUUUCGAGGAAGGACAGCUGAUUUUGUAAUGAUGUUUAUAUUUGGGGCAACUUUUAUGAUAUUAUUUGCUUUCUUUGUAAACUUGCUAUUUUUGGGACAUGCUUUCACAAUAAUGCUAGUUUACAUUUGGUCUAGACGAAAUCCUCUUAUUAGAAUGAAUUUUUUUGGACUUCUCAAUUUUCAGGCGCCAUAUUUACCGUGGGUACUACUUGGAUUUUCAGUACUGCUGGGUAAUGCGGUAUGGGUUGAUCUUAUUGGAAUGGCAGUCGGUCAUAUUUAUUAUUUCGCAGAAGAUAUAUUUCCACGACAAAGAGGAGGAUUCAAAAUACUUAAAACACCAACAAUAUUGAAAAUGAUUUUCGAUUCUCAUGAUGAUGAUGAAACAGAUUACUCUCCAUUACCAGAAGAAAGACCUGGUGGAUUCAAUUGGGCUCAAGUACCGAAUUUACAGUGAUUGAUGAAUUAAUUUUUAGAAAAGGCCUUUUCAUUGAGAUUAUAUUCUAAAAAAAUUUUGUUCAAAUCAGUGAAUUAAAUAAAAAAUUGCAAAAGCGGAUAAUUUUACUUUCC